GUCAAUGACUUGAGAUUUUCUUACAUUGACCAGUCUCACUGAAAAAGACCCAAAGCAUGAAAAUUAACCGCCUCUCUCUCUCACUCAGACUCUUCAAACCCAAAAGCUCGCUUCCUCUGCCCUUCUUCAUCACAGAUCACAGAUCACAGAUUCGCAUAUCAGACUCAGAUGGUGCCUCCCUCAUGCUUCAACUGAACCAGCGAAGAUGAGAGGGCCUUCCCCAAGUCCCAUUGAGCCCAGACACCGCCUAUCUUCUUCAGCUAAUGAAGACUCUAACAAAAGAAGGCCCCAGAGAAAUAAAGUUCUUAAAGAUAUAGAAAAGGUUCUCCAUGUUCCUGCCCAAGAUAGAAACUUAAACUGCAAGCCCACCUUGAAACUUGUGUUGGUCGUUAUUCUAUUGGGGACUUUUGUAACACUCUUCGUCUCUCCUGCUGUUUAUAGUACUGAUCAUCAAUCCAGUUCUGUAUCUCGGCUAACUUCUCAAGACAGAUCAAGAAAAAAGAGUGUUGCCGCAGAUUUACGUUACGUAUCAUCUUUAGACAUUAGCUGGCAUGAAAUUUCUCAUGUUCUUGAAACACUGACUGACAAAAAGGACUAUCAGGGAAUUGGCCUAUUAAACUUUAAUCACAAUGAGGUUGAUCAUUGGAAGGAGCUGUUGCCAGAUUGUGAGCAUGUUGUUCUACACCUCAACCAUGUGUCAAACAACAUAACAUGGGAAUCCUUGUACCCUGAAUGGAUAGAUGAAGUAGAAGAGUUUGAAGUUCCUACUUGUCCCUCUCUGCCAAAGCUUCAAAUUCCUGGAAAACCACGGCUUGAUCUGGUCGCUGUCAAGCUUCCCUGCAACAAGUCAGGCAGCUGGUCAAGAGAUGUGGCUCGUUUUCACUUGCAACUUGAAGUAGCAAGGCUUGCUGCCUCAUCCAAAGGAUACCACCCUGUGCGUGUGCUUUUGGUGACUGACUGUUUCCCAAUCCCAAAUUUAUUCACUUGCAAGGAGCUUGUUAGACAUGAAGGGAAUGUAUGGCUUUAUGAAUCAAACUUGAAUACGUUGAGAGAUAAGCUACAGCUCCCUGUAGGGUCAUGUGAACUUGCAGUUCCUCUCAAGGCUAAAGAACAUUUUUUCUCGGAAGGAGCCCACCGAGAAGCAUAUGCAACAAUCCUACACUCUGCCCAUGUAUAUGUGUGCGGAGCCAUUGCUGCAGCACAGAGCAUCCGUAUGGCUGGUUCAACACGAGAUCUUGUCAUACUUGUUGAUGAAACAAUCAGUGAGUAUCAUCGAGGAGGAUUGGCAGCUGCUGGGUGGAAGAUCCACCCAAUUGAAAGAAUCAGGAACCCUAAAGCUGAACCAAAAGCAUACAAUGAAUGGAACUACAGCAAAUUCCGCCUUUGGCAGUUGACUGAUUACGACAAGAUCAUUUUCAUUGAUGCUGACAUGCUUAUUCUUAGGAAUAUUGACUUCCUGUUUGAGAUGCCAGAAAUAUCAGCUACAGGAAAUAACGCUACUCUGUUCAACUCGGGUGUGAUGGUUGUGGAACCAUCAAAUUGUACAUUCCAGCUGCUCAUGGAUCAUGUCAAUGAAAUUGUAUCUUACAACGGCGGGGAUCAGGGAUAUCUCAAUGAGAUAUUUACAUGGUGGCACAGGAUCCCAAAGCAUAUGAACUUCUUGAAACAUUUCUGGGAAGGUGAUGAACCAGAGAUAAAGCAGAUGAAAACUCGCCUCUUCGAAGCUGACCCUCCAAUCCUCUUUGUCCUCCAUUACCUGGGUAAUAAACCAUGGCUUUGCUUCCGUGAUUAUGACUGCAAUUGGAAUGUGGACUUUUUGCAAGAGUUUGCCAGUGAUGUUGCACAUAAAAGGUGGUGGAAAGUGCAUGAUGCUAUGCCAGAGAACUUGCAAAAGUUCUGUUUGCUUCGGUCGAAGCAGAAGGCAGCACUAGAAUGGGAUCGGAGGCAAGCUGAGAAAGCAAAUUACACUGAUGGUCACUGGAAAAUUAAGAUAAAAGACAAGCGUUUGAAGACAUGCUUUGAGGAUUUCUGCUUCUGGGAGAGCAUGUUAUGGCACUGGGGUGAAAAGAAUUGGACAGAUAAUGCCACUGUUACUCCAUCACCACCUGCGCUUACUACCUCUUCGGUAUCUUCUUCGUGACUUGUUUUCUUCUUUUACUUACAUACUUCAUUCCGAGGACACAAGUCAACCCGUAGUUCAUGCCUACAAAUGUGAGAAAGAAAAGUGUAUCUCCUUAAACUUCACUUAGUAUCUAGCUCAACUCAUUUUUUCGUAAUACAUCUUAUACCCAUUUCCCCAUCAAGGUGGGAUAGAUUUGUGCACUUUCAAUGCUUUUUGAGGCUGUAUGAAGUGAUAUCGUCAUUUCUAGUCAUCUUUAAAGCGGCCUUGGCC